CAGACCUCAGGAGGACCCAUCACCCACCCAGAAAACCCAGACACAACCGGCCCGUGGAAAUUAUGUGUAACCUGCUCCUAUCAUGGACCUUCCUGCUGGUAGCCUCUGGCUCGCUAUUGGCCCAUCCCAUCACAGACUCUGCAGAGAUGCCCUACCUGGGUCCUGUAUCUCUGGAGGAUGGUGGUGCAGGUAGUCCAGACGAGCUGUCUUUCUCUGAGCAGACAUACCUGCCCCAGUCUGGCCCUGGACUCAGAUACUCAUCCCUACUGUCUGGAGAGCUGAGCAGAGAUGGUCUCAGUGCAGCUGGACUACUACCAAGACAGAUGAAGACAGAUGUGUUGCUGGAAAAACAGAGUCACCUAAGUCCCGUCAGUCGCUUCUUUGGCAUCAAGAAGCCAUUCAGAAAGAGAGGAGGCAACUCAGAGUGUUUCUGGAAGUACUGUGUCUAACACAGUCAACCGUCCUUAGAGAAAUGCAUUCCCACCGUACAUUAUGACAAAGAGAUGGGGCUUGUACUGAGACACAACCCCUCUAUUGCACACGAAAAAGCAUACACAUACGCACAUUUGUAAAUACACGCACGCACGCACACACACACACACACACACGGAUGCUGCACACAGACAGUGAUGGACUGAAUCAAUAUCCCACAGGUUGAUAUAUUCUACAGUAGGGUUGAGGACUGUUUAGUUUUGAUGCAGUUUUCUAUAUUUCCCUGUCAUGCCUGUAUGUUUAAAAUAUAACUGUUUGAUGUUGCAACGUGACAGGAUGAAGA